GCCAAGUAAUAAUAAUGGUUGGUGCUCAGUUGACGCUCAGGUUAAAGCGGCCUCACUGACCUUCGCCCACCCUCUACGACCAAACCGUAUAUGGCGAUCAUUGGUUUUUUCAUUCUCAAGUAAAAUGAUCAUAUAGAUACAUAUGUGGUAUCUCUCUACAUGAUAUCGCAACUCCUGAGAACACGUCCUUCUCUUCCCCGACCCGGAUUCUUCCCAAUGCUCCAUCAAGCAAAGCCAGCAAGCACCUCCUCCAAGCCUCCAGAUGGCAAGCUGAUAUGUAAGUCCUGCUCCCGCUUCUCCAUAUUCCCAACAAUGAUGAGGAAGUCGAAGAGAAGUUGGGUCCAAGUUGGACAAAGGGUGUACUAGUCACCUAUUUCUCUGCAGAUCUUCAUGAGGAGGAGAAACGUGACACGACAUGCACAGCAUCUACUUGAUCCGCUGUGCGAAUCAAACCACCAUACCUGUGAAACCACUUCUAAUGUCCUUCAACCCCUCCAGUCGCUCCUGGCCAUCCUCCCUCAGACCCUUCCCAAGGGCCACAACAUGACCAACCGCCCCGCGCCGCACAGUUCGGCCACUCCAAGCUCCGCCGCUCAGACCUGUCGCCAGACCCCUUCACCCAAUUCCACACCUGGUUCACCGACCCGUUGCUCCAGGCCGCCGUGCCCGAAACCGUCAAUCUGUCCACGGCCUCGCUGCCGAGCGGCCGCGUGUCCAGCCGCAUCGUUUACCUCAAGGAACUUGACUCGCGCGGCUUCGUCAUCUACUCGAAUUUCGGCACGUCGCGCAAGUCUAGGGACAUCGCCACCAACGCGAACGCGAGUCUCUGCUUCUGGUGGAAGCCCGUCGAGAGGCAGGUGAGGGUCGAGGGCGUGGUGGAGAGGAUCAGCGCUGAGGAGAGUCAGCUCUACUUCGACACGAGGGCCCGCGGCUCGAGGAUCGGAGCCUGGGCUAGCCAGCAGACCAGUGUCUUGGAGCCUCGAUCAUCAACGACAACAGAAGGCGAUGGAGAGGAAGAUGACGGCCGGGCUGCCCUCGAAGAACGUGUCAGGGAAGUCGAAGCUCGGUUCGAAGGGCAGGAACACAUCCCCGUACCGCCCUUCUGGGGUGGACUGAGGAUCAUUCCGGACAUGAUCGAGUUCUGGCAAGGGCGGGAAAGUAGACUACAUGACCGGUUUUUGUACACACGGAUACAAGGAGACCUGGGCCAAAGCGGCGAGCAAAAAUGGAAGAUCGAGAGACUGAGCCCAUGAGGAUGGGGACCCACAGUCCGAGGAUGGACGAACGCCGUAUCACGAUUGCCCAGACCUCAAACGAAUUAUAUCAGAUGGACACAAACUGGAUCAUCGUAGAGGUUUCAAUAUAGAGAGUUGGAUUCUUCGCCAGCCUCCCUCUUACCAGCUCUUGCCGGUAAUCAGCAUGUCAACUCCAGUCUGGAGGACUGCACAUCGGAUCUAGACAAAACCUCGGCUGUCUAGAUCAUCUAUCAGAGUAGCGAGUAGAGAUUAUUCUUGGUCUUC